AGUACAGUAGUAGAGCACAGUAGAGUAGGGAGAAGUUGCCUCAAAAGAGGAAAAGAAAAGGUAACGAACCACACAUUUGACAGCUCAAAACCACUUUACCAAUCCAAACAAAAAAUCAUCACAUUAUCCCUCCCUUCUCUCCUUUCUCUAUUACUCUCAUUUUCCCCAAGUUUCAGGUACCUUUUUCCUAACAUAAUCCGCCCAUAGUGUUCAUCAUUCAAGAUCUGUCCUUUUGAGGAGACUUCAUUCCUUACUAUGGUCUUCUUUUUUUGAUGAUUUCUUAUGUGAGAUGUUGAAAACUGGAAAGAAGUGAUAAAGAUAGGAGGUUUGGUUUCUGGGGUUUGUUUAUUUUGCUUUACAAGGGUUAAAGAUUGGAUCUUUUUUAGUUUUGGUAGAUACCCAUGUCUAAUCUUGUUUCAGAAUUCAAAAGGUUGGUACUUUACUGUUUUGCAAGUGGAUGACAGAGGAGAUGAAGGUUACAAGUCUUUAUAGUAUUGGGGGUAGGAAAAAAAGUGAUCUUUAUGAAAUAAUGGUGUAUUUAGUUGAUAUUCGUAAUGGUUAAUAAUGUAUGUUUAGUUGAUGUUGGUAAUUGUGAAAUUUGCUAUGUUUAGUUCUUAGGAGCUCUGAAAUCGAAAGAUAUAUGUUUUCUAGUGCUUGAGGCUGAGGGAUAAACGCCGUUUCGUUUUGGUAAUUGGUUGUUUACAUAUCAAGAAUCUUGAUUUUAGAACCUCCCCUUUUUAAUCUUACCAAGAAAAUGGAAAUGUUGUGGUUUUGUUUAUAGAAAGACAAGUAGCUGAAAGUGAUAGUGUUUGAAUUGUUGUUGAAGACUUGGGAAGGCUGUGUAAACAAAAGGGGUGUUUGGAUUGUAAGGAAUCAUAAUGUCAAUGUCCUGCAAGGAUGGUAAAUCAAUUGAAGAUAACGGAAAGUAUGUCCGUUAUACACCUGAGCAGGUUGAAGCUCUUGAAAGGCUAUAUCAUGAGUGUCCAAAGCCCAGUUCAAUGCGUCGCCAGCAGCUUAUUCGUGAAUGCCCGAUUCUAUCUCAUAUAGAGCCUAGGCAAAUCAAAGUUUGGUUUCAGAAUAGAAGAUGUAGGGAAAAACAGAGGAAAGAGUCAUCAAGGCUUCAGGGUGUGAAUAGGAAGCUGUCAGCAAUGAACAAGCUAUUAAUGGAAGAGAAUGAUAGAUUGCAGAAGCAAGUUUCUCAACUGGUGUAUGAAAAUGGCUACUUUCGCAAGCAAACUCAAACUACGAAGCUUGCUUCGAAAGACACCAGCUGUGAAUCAGUGGUAACGAGUGGUCAACACCACUUGACACCUCAGCAUCCUCCAAGAGAUGCUAGUCCUGCAGGACUUUUGUCCAUUGCAGAAGAGACUUUAACAGAGUUUCUUUCAAAGGCUACUGGAACUGCUGUUGAGUGGGUCCAAAUGCCUGGAAUGAAGCCUGGUCCGGAUUCCAUUGGAAUCAUUGCUAUUUCUCAUGGUUGCACUGGCAUGGCAGCAAGAGCUUGUGGCCUGGUUGGUUUAGAUCCAACGAGGGUUGCUGAGAUCCUUAAGGAUCGCCCUUCCUGGUAUCGUGACUGUCGGGCUGUUGAAGUUCUAAACAUGCUGCCCACUGCCAAUGGUGGAACCAUUGAACUUCUUUACAUGCAGCUUUAUGCUCCAACAACUUUGGCGCCUCCUCGUGACUUCUGGCUGAUACGCUAUACUACUGUUACGGAUGAUGGUAGCUUUGUGGUUUGUGAGAGGUCAUUAGGAAAUACUCAAAAUGGUCCAAGUAUGCCGCAAGUUCAGAAUUUUGUGAGAGCAGAAAUGCUGCCUAGCGGAUACCUGAUUCGGCCUUGUGAGGGAGGCGGCUCUAUUGUCCAUAUUGUAGAUCAUAUGAAUUUAGAGGCAUGGAGUGUGCCAGAAGUGUUGCGUCCACUGUAUGAGUCAUCUGCAGUGCUUGCUCAGAAGACAACAAUGGCAGCACUACGCCAACUGAGGCAGUUAACCUUGGAAGUUUCACAGCCUAAUGUCACUAACUGGGGCAGGAGACCAGCAGCUCUACGGGCAUUAAGCAAGAGGUUGAACAGAGGGUUCAAUGAGGCUCUCAAUGGUUUCUCCAGUGAAGGCUGGUCUAUGCUGGAUAAUGAUGGAAUGGAUGAUGUCACCAUCCUUGUUAACUCCUCUCCCGACAAAUUGAUGGGUUUAAACCUUUCUUUUUCUGAUGGAUUUACUUCUCUAAGCAAUGCAGUUUUGUGUGCAAAAGCAUCUAUGCUUCUACAGAGUGUUACUCCUGCGAUACUUCUCAGGUUUUUGCGUGAGCAUCGAUCAGAAUGGGUAGACAACAAUAUUGAUGCUUACUCAGCUGCAGCUGUUAAAGUUGGUCCUUGCAGCCUACCUGGGGUCAGAGUCUCUAACUUUGGGGGUCAAGUGAUACUUCCACUGGCACACACUGUUGAACAUGAAGAGUUGCUGGAGGUCAUUAAGUUGGAAGGAGUUUGCCAUUCCCCAGAAGACGUUAUAAUGCCAAGAGAUAUGUUUCUAUUGCAAUUGUGCAGUGGAAUGGAUGAAAAUGCUGUUGGUACCUGUGCUGAACUCGUUUUUGCUCCAAUAGAUGCCUCAUUUGCCGAUGAUACACCACUCCUUCCUUCUGGGUUUCGCAUUAUUCCUUUAGACUCUGCUAAGGAAGCCUCCAGUCCAAAUCGCACCCUUGAUCUUACUUCUGCUCUUGAAACUGGGCCAGUAGGAAGUAAGGUGGCUAAUGAUCUCAAGUCAACUGGUGGCACAUCAAAAUCUAUUAUGACAAUUGCUUUCCAGUUUGCAUUUGAAAGCCACAUGCAAGAGAAUGUUGCAUCAAUGGCUAGAAAAUAUGUACGAAGCUUCAUUUCAUCUGUUCAAAGGGUCGCAUUAGCACUUUCUCCAUCUAACUUCGGUUCCCUGGGAGGCCUUCGUCUGCCGCUGGGGACUCCUGAAGCACAUACACUGGCUCGGUGGAUCUGCCAAAGUUACAGGCGAUUUCUGGGUGUGGAGCUUCCAAAAUUGAGUAGUGAAGGAAGUGAGUCUCUCCUUGAUAGCCUAUGGCAUCACUCAGAUGCUAUUAUCUGCUGCUCUGCUAAGGCUUUGCCAGUUUUCACAUUUGCAAACCAGGGUGGUCUUGACAUGCUUGAGACAACCUUGGUCGCGCUUCAAGAUAUAUCUUUGGAGAAAAUAUUUGACGAACACGGAAGGAAAAAUCUCUGCUCUGAGUUCCCACAGAUAAUGCAACAGGGUUUUGCAUGUCUACAAGGCGGAAUCUGUUUAUCGAGCAUGGGUAGGCCUGUUUCUUAUGAGAAAGCUGUGGCUUGGAAGGUUCUGAAUGAAGAAGAUACUGCUCAUUGUAUUGGUUUUAUGUUUGUGAAUUGGUCGUUUGUUUAAAUUUGUUAUCAGUAAACUUAAGCUACAUACAUAUCUACAAACCAUUUUGAACUAGUUUGGCUUUUUGUGCUUUUGUUGCUACUCAAUGUGACAUGAAAUCUUUUGGAAUGUGAUUACAAGAUGAUGUCUGGUGUCUG